AUGCCUAAGUUUUAUUGUGACUACUGCGACACGUACCUGACCCAUGACUCUCCAUCUGUGAGGAAGACACACUGCAGUGGUAGGAAACACAAAGAGAAUGUGAAAGAGUACUAUCAGAAAUGGAUGGAAGAGCAGGCUCAGAGCCUGAUCGACAAAACAACCAAUGCAUUUCAACAAGGAAAGAUCCCUCCUACUCCAUUCUCUGCUCCUCCUCCUGCAGGGGCAAUGAUCCCACCUCCCCCCAGUCUCCCCGGUCCUCCUCGCCCUGGUAUGAUGCCAGCGCCCCAUAUGGGGGGCCCUCCCAUGAUGCCAAUGAUGGGCCCUCCUCCUCCUGGGAUGAUGCCAGUGGGACCUGCUCCUGGAAUGAGGCCACCUAUGGGAGGCCACAUGCCAAUGAUGCCUGGGCCCCCAGUGAUGAGACCUCCUGCCCGUCCCAUGAUGGUGCCCACUUUGCCAGGAAUGACUCGACCGGACAGAUAA